UGGCCCUGUACAGCGAAGCACCGCCUGGCAGCAAGGAUGGUCGCUGGGAACGCCUCCAGCUGCCUCACACUCGUCGUUAGUUUGUGGCAACCAUUUACAGUGUUUGAGAGCACUGUACCACCUUACGGGGUGACUGGGUGCGCCAAGGAUGUCAUAGAUAUUAUCGCCCAUCAUCUAUCUUUCUGUUACCGGAUGGUGCGGGCGCCGGACUCCGACUGGGGACUGGAACUGCCCAACGGAACGUGGACUGGUUCCCUGGGGAUGCUUAACCGACGGGAAGCGGAGAUGUCAGCGGGAGUGUACUCCAUCACUGACAACCGCGCCAGGGCCGUAGACUUCAGUUACCCUCUCAUCCUGGACGAGUUCUCUGUCGCAUACAAGCGACCUGUCAUCGAGUCAGACAUGGCCGGCUUCUUCAAACCCUUUGACCCCGAGCUGUGGUUGUUGCUGCUUGCUGCCCUCGUGGUCAUCCUUGUGGCUAUAUGCGUCAUCCACCAGGGCCACCAUGUCUUGCCCCGUACCCCCAAGUGUCGGGAGCCAAUAGCCUUGCCUCAUUCUUCUCAAAACACUGGUCUUACCUGGUCUGGCUUCCUGUACAGUGCUGACAGGUCCUUCCAGUGGGUCAUUUCUGCACUCCUCGGUCAGUCAAUGCGGUGGGUACCGUCUGGAGACUCUGUGCGCCUGGUGACGGGAGUGUGGGCCUUGACUGUGCUGGUCGUGGGCUCUGUGUACCGCUCCAACCUCAUGGCCAGACUCGUCUACCCGAAGCUGCAGCUUUCCUUCGACAGCCUGGAGGAACUUGGUCACACCAACAUCCGUCUCUGGGCACCUCUGGCCAGCCGCUUUCAUGAGACUCUGAUAGCAUCGACGCAGAGUUCUGACUUUAGUCACCUGAGAGACCAAGUGCUCCUCGGCGCGAAUGUUUCCGAGGGCUUAGAUGGUCUCUUCAACGGCAGCUGGGCUUUCACCACCGUCCGCAGCUCUCUCUCCUACUUCCUCUACGAAGAUUUCACCAACAAAGGCUCCUGUGGUUCGUACAUUAUGUCUCGAGGGUUCUUUGGGGCAACGUCUGUGAGCUUUGCGUUCCCUAAAGGCUCCCCGCUCAGGUCCCAGGUGGACGCCAUAAUACUUGACCUGCACGAGUUUGGCAUAAUCCAGCACCUCUUCAAAACCCAGCUUAAAACAUCAACAGAGUGCUUCAAGGCCAUUGUCUCCACUGCUGACACCUCCAAGCGGCCUCUGGCCCUUGCAGACUUUUACGGUGUUUUCUUCCUCUACUCCACUGGUCGGUUCAACAAUAAGGAAUUGUAUAUUUUGUUUCCACCAGAUUAG